GGUCCGUACGGAGAAGGCAACGGCGGCGGCGCGGGCCCCUAGAGGUCAGAAGUCACCAUGCUGAGGGCCGCGUCGAGGAUGCUGAGUUCCAUUCGGAACCAGGCAGUGGCCCAGGCCCCUGUCCUCGGGCUGGCAGGCGGAGGGAGCGCCAGGCUUCCUUCCAACCAGUGGCGCCUGCUGCCUCGAAGUCUCCUUCAAGCCGCCCGCGGAUAUGCCACUCAGAAACCAGUCCAGUCUAGCCAAGACGAUGACCCGCCCCCUUCUGCGCUGCUCAAAGACUACCAGAACAUCCCUGGAAUUGACAAGAUUGAUGAUGUCGUUAAAAGACUCUUGUCUUUGGAAAUGGCCAACCAGAAGGAGAAGCUAAAAAUCAAGCAAGAACUGUUGAUGAAAAAAGUCGCGGCAAACCCUGAGGACACCCGCUCCCUGGAGGCUCGAAUUGUUGCCUUGACCGUCAAGAUCCGCAAUUAUGAAGAACACUUGCAGAAACAUCGAAAGGACAAAGCCCACAAACGCUAUCUGCUAAUGAGUAUCGACCAGAGGAAAAAGAUGCUCAAAAACCUCCGUAAGACCAACUAUGAUGUCUUUGAGAAGACAUGCAAGGAGCUGGGGAUUGAGUACACCUUUCCUCCUCUGUAUUACCGGCGAGCUCACCGCCGCUUUGUGACCAAGAAGGCUCUAUGCAUUCGGGUUUUCGAGGAAGUUAAAAAGUUGAAGAAGCAAAAAAGGAUCUUGAAAGCUGUAGCAACAGCAGCCCGAAAACAAGACCAGAAGAACCCAGAGAGCCCUUCCGAAGCCUCAUCGGAGGCACUCAAAGAAAACCAAUAAAUUCUGUCAAAAUUA